ACAGCAUUUUACCGACAGAACAAGUUGUCCUGAUCUCUAUCUUAAAGGAUACGGUCUUCGCUUCACUUCAUCAUCGGCGUUCGUGAAAAAAAUACUUUUUUAAAAAGAAAUAAAAAUAUAUAUCCUUUUUCAGUUUUUUUCUCUCACACCUUAUUUUCAUCAUCUUCACUCAAUCCGGGAAGAACAAAGACACACCUAGAAGAAGAGAUGUCUUCGCCGAGCAAACGUAGAGAAAUGGAUAUGAUGAAGCUGAUGAUGAGCGAUUAUAAAGUGGAGACUAUCAACGAUGGCAUGCAAGAGUUCUUUGUUGAAUUCAAUGGCCCCAAAGACAGUCUGUAUGAAGGAGGAGUGUGGAAGAUAAGGGUUGAGCUUCCAGAUGCUUAUCCUUACAAAUCUCCUUCUGUUGGUUUCAUUACCAAGAUUUAUCACCCUAACGUUGAUGAACUGUCCGGUUCUGUUUGCUUAGAUGUGAUCAACCAGACUUGGAGUCCUAUGUUUGACCUUGUGAAUGUGUUUGAGACAUUUCUUCCUCAGCUUCUUUUGUAUCCAAACCCAUCUGAUCCUUUGAAUGGAGAAGCCGCUGCAUUGAUGAUGCGUGAUCGUCCUACUUAUGAACUACGAGUUAAAGAAUACUGUGAGAAGUAUGCAAAACCAGGGGAAGGUUCAGAAGAUAAGUCUAGCGAUGAAGAGCUAAGUGAAGAGGAAUAUGGUUCUGAUGACAAUGAAGAUGAUGAUGAUGUUGCAAUUGCAGGCAACCCAGAUCCUUAAACCGGGAUUUGGUAGACCACUUGGUUUUCUAUGUAUAUGUAUCCGAUCAUGCAUUUCUUCUAUUUAUGCUUAUAAGUUGCCGAACUGUGAAAUCUGUCUGCUGUUUGUUUCUCCCUUUGUGUUUGUUCGCCUCUUUAAAUGUACCGGUUCCGGACGUUUGUGUACAUUAUUAGACCGAACCGUAUUGUUAAAUCUUUCCGAUUUCAAAUAAACGUGUCGUUCCUGUUUAGACCGA